AUACAAUGCACAGUACACAAUAAACAAGGAAAGUGAACAACAGCAAAUGAUUUAAAUUAUGGCAUUCAUUGUUAACGUAACUAUGACUGCAAACAAAUCCCGACACACCCGACAAUUAAGCGUACACAAAAACUAUUCGCCCCUUUUCAAAGCUAGCAUAUAAACUGCACAACCUUUAUACUUUGCUAACAAGUCAAUAGCUAUGGUUGAGAGACGAGACCAUAAACAGGAGUACGUAUUCCGAAAUGUUCAACUCUUCAAGACCGACACUCUAGGUACUGGCUCCUACGGGGCAGUGUGUAAAGCCAAGUGUGACCAGCUACUCUGUGCUGCAAAGCUACUCUAUCCGGUGCUUUUCCAAUUGACUGCUCCCGAUCUUGGCAAAGAACAUAGACGUCCAUUUAGAAGAUUCGAAACAGAGUGUGCAUUUCUGAGUCGUAUCAACCACCCAAACAUUGUACAGUACUUAGGAACCUAUCGCGAUCCCGACACAAAUGCACCAGUUCUUCUCAUGGAGCUUAUGGACGAGAGUCUGACACACUUCCUGGAGUCAACAUCUGGAGUCAUUCCCUACCAGAUUCAAGUCAACCUCUCCUAUGACAUAGCUCAAGCACUUGCCUUUCUCCACUCCAAUGGGAUCAUCCACCGUGACCUCUCCAGCAAUAAUGUCCUACUGAUUGCAGGCAGUCGAGCCAAAGUCACUGAUUUUGGAAUGUCCAAAUUUAGGGACACAAACAGCACUCAACUAGCCACAAUGACCACAUGCCCGGGAACACCAGCCUUUAUGUCUCCCGAGGCACUAAAGCAACCACCAGUGUACACAGAGAAACUAGAUAACUUCUCAUUUGGUGUGCUUCUAGUUCAGAUCACAACUCGACAGUUUCCAAAACCGACAGAUCCAUUUGAAACAAGAGAACUAGUUGAUCCAAAAUUUCCAAACCAAGUAAUUCAAGCCAACGUUCCAGUGCCUGAGAUAGAGAGAAGACAAGCCCACAUCAGCCUGAUGGAACCCACCCACCCUCUACUGCCGAUUGCCCGUCACUGCCUCAAAGACAGAGAUGUUGAAAGACCAUCUUCCCAACAGCUUUGCCUAACACUGGGUGAUGUCAAGAGGACACCACAGUACCAAGAAAGCUCCCAACAAAACCUGCACCAGAUGCUCAGAGAAAAAAAUGAACAACUACAAGUAAAUCAAGAGAUUAUAACGGAAAAGAAUGAGCAAAUUAAGGAAAAAGACACACAAGCACAAAUAAAUCGAGAGACAAUAAUACAAAACAAUGAGCAGCUACAUACAAUGGACAUUGAAGUUAGUCGACUCACUACAAGACUAGGCCAAGCAACACAAGAAAACCAACAUGAGGUGAACACUCUCCAACAAGAGGCUGAAGCCAGGGAGAGACAGCUGAGGAGACUCAACCAAGAGUUGCAAUCCUGUGAGGAGAAUACUGCUGCCCUCCAACAAGCCAUCGAUCAACGAGACAGAGAAGUGACUCAACUGAAACAAAUGUUGGCAAGCAAGAACGAGGAAAUCCACUAUCUAUCGACUCGAAUGCACCAAGUCGCACCACGAGAUGAGAGACAAGCUCAAGCUACACCCAUGAAACCUGUUACAAUAGAGUCACUACCUGAUGCACCUAUUGAUAUGUGGUAUGGAUCAUCAGUCGUGAUUGGAGACAAGGCGUACUUUAAUAAUGGAAAUAAAACUGUUUAUGAGUUCAGAAACAACAUGUGGCACGAGUUACCACCUUGUCCUAACUGGGAGUUCACUAUUGUCAGUGUUGAUGACAUGCUCACAACUGUGGGGGGAACAUCAGACACACAACUCUUUAGUAACAAACUCUACAGCUACAUUAACAGCAUAUGGGUCGAACACUUUCCUCCCAUGCCAACCAAACGGUGGACACCUGGAGCUGUUUACGCUAAUAACACACUUGUAGUGACUGGAGGAUGGAGUGAUUCAAGCAAAUUAAUUACUGUCGAAAUAUUAAAAACUGUGAACAUGCGAUGGUCUAGUGUUAGCUCACUACCUGUGCCAAUCACCCAACCAUCAUCAAUGAUAUGUAGAGACUAUGCGUACAUACAUCCACGAGCUAGUGAUGAUCAAGAGGAGUAUUCAGUAUACAAAUGCUCAUUAAGACAACUAACUCAGUCCGAGCCAAGCUCAGCUACAUGGGAGAAGAUUGCCCCUUUGCCAGUUAGCUGGUCCUCUCUUGUUAUCAUCAAUGGCCACUUGCUGGCAGUGGGUGGACUGGACUCCAAUGGAGAUGAAACUGAGGACAUAUAUCAGUACAACGAGACAUCAUGGACAGUCGUUAGUCAAAUGUCAACACCUCGAUCAGAAUGCCUCACUGCUGUUCUGCCUGGGAACAAACUGAUGGUUGUGGGAGGAGAUGGUGCACUUAGAAAAUGUGAAAUAGCUACUUUUGUAAAAUAAUAAUCAUAGUGCCUAACUUGUUCUGUAUAAUUAUAGUAUCGAUCUGUAUAUAUAUCUGUAUAAUUAUAGUAUCGAAAUUUGAAUGUGAUAAU